CAAUUCUCUUAUUGCAUAAUAUUCCUUUUAUUGAGGGGCGAAUCACUUUCAUCACUCCCUGAUCAGUUUUUCAUUUUUUGUUCAGGUCACGUUCGUAUAUCCGAUCUCGGCCUAGCCCUCGAAAUCGAGAUCGGCACAAUGGUCAAGGGCCGAGUUGGCACUGCUGGAUACAUGGUGUGUCUUUCCUCUUUUUUUACAGCUCCUGAAGUAGUCAAAAGCGAGCGCUACUCUUUUAGUCCAGAUUGGUUUGGUUUAGGUUGUAUCAUCUACGAGAUGAUCAUGGGCCAAGCUCCGUUUCGGAAGCGCAAGGAGCGUGUGAAGCGCGAGGAGGUCGACCGCCGAGUCUGCGAGGUUGCAGAGGAAUAUACGUCCAAAUUCUCAGAUGCAUCCCGAAUUCUCUGUCAGGCGGUAGGUAGAUGUCAUGUUUCUCGACUGUUUUUCUUCUUGCCCGGAUUAUUUCAGAUUCCUAUAUCUUGA